AUGGGCAAGAAGAGGAAAGACAGCGACAGCGACGACAAGAAGAAGAAAAAGAAAAAAGACAAGGACAAAAAGAAAAAAGACAAGAAAAAGAAGGACAAGAAAAAGAAGAAGGCAAAGAAGGAGUCGAGCAGCAGCGAUAGUAGCAGCAGCGAGGAGGAGGACAAGACCCAGAGCCUUGACAGGGCCGCCAAAGACGGCCAGGCAGAGCUCGCCGCCACUCCGAAGGCGGAGUUUGAGCCGCCUCCUGUGAACCUCGAUGCGCUGCCCCCGCUGGAGGACGGCAUCUUGCGCUUUGAGUUCACGCUGGAGGAGAAGGGUGCUCUCGGGGUUCGCUUUUCUGGUGGUUCCCCGCCGAUGAUCCUGUCGGUUGCUCCGGAUUCCUUCGCCAGCAAGAAGGGGAUCCCUGUGAACUACGAGGUCCAUGCCAUCAACGGCUUAGCCCUCGUCCAGCAGAACCAGCAGCGUGUGAUGCACUUCCUGAAGAGCCGGCCGGUGGUGCUGGACGUGCGACCCCUGGGGUGGAAGCCUCCAGAGAAGAUGAAGGAGCUGAAGCGAAGGCAGCAGCAGGAGGAGGCGGAGCAGAAGGCAAAGAUGGCCGUGGAGAAGAAGCGCCGCGAGCAGGCCUCAGCUCGCCGAGCGCCGUGA